GGAUUCUAAACAAAGUCUAUUACUUUACAAAGAUUCAAGACAGCCUCAUUUGAUUCAAAAGAUUAUAUUUGUCUAUUCUCUCCUUUCCCUCCUUUUUUCCCUCUUAGCCUAACACUCGAUAGAGGGCGUGUGUGUGGCAAAUGGGGGCGUACAGAGCCGACGACGAUUACGAUUAUUUGUUCAAAGUGGUUCUGAUCGGCGACUCGGGUGUUGGCAAAUCGAAUCUGUUGUCGAGAUUCACCAAGAACGAAUUCAGCCUCGAAUCCAAGUCCACCAUUGGGGUUGAGUUCGCUACCAGAAGCAUCCGGGUCCAUGAGAAGGUUGUCAAGGCUCAGAUUUGGGACACGGCAGGUCAAGAAAGGUAUCGAGCCAUCACAAGUGCAUAUUAUCGAGGGGCUGUCGGCGCUUUACUAGUGUACGAUGUUACCCGUCAUGUUACGUUUGGAAAUGUGGAGAGAUGGCUGAAGGAGCUGAGAGAUCACACAGAUGCCAAUAUUGUUGUAAUGCUUAUAGGGAACAAAGCUGAUCUUCAACAUCUAAAGGCGGUUUCAACUGAGGAUUCUCAGGCUUUUGCUGAGCAAGAGAACAUAUUCUUCAUGGAAACAUCUGCUCUCGAAUCCACAAAUGUAGAAGAUGCCUUCACAGAAGUGCUGACGCAGAUCUAUCAUAUCGUGAGCAAGAAAGCUCUCGACGUUGGGAAUGAUCCAACAACUUUACCAAAAGGACAGACCCUUAAUGUCGGGUCACGCGAUGAUGUAUCAGCUGUGAAGAAAACUGGAUGUUGCUCUGCUUGAGCUGGGCAUGCAGGAAAAAUCCAUAUUCCUUGCUUUUAGCUCCUUAACUUGUUUAUAUAUAUCCAUGUAGAGAUUGGCCCUAUGGCAAUGAUUUUAUACAGAGGAAUGAACCUUUGAUCA